AGUUGCCCAUCUUCCUACUAAAUAUAGCUAACGUUAGCCUGCUAGCUAGCUAGUGCUUCGAUUUCAAGAUUGGAUUUUGUCGUUGUGUUGGCAGCUACUGUAAUUAUGUCUACACAAUCGAUUUUUAAACCAGUGACCCAUGUUCUUUUCGACAUGGAUGGAUUAUUAUUAGAUACAGAGAGGCUGUACACGGUGUCAUACCAGGAAGUAUGCGACAGGUUUGGAAAGAAAUACACCUGGGACGUGAAGUCUUCUGUGAUGGGAAAGAAAGCUAUGGAGGCUUCUACCAUUAUACGAGACUCCCUAGAACUACCAAUGACACCAGAGGAACUUAUCAGUGAGACUAGAAAAAUACAGGAGAAGAUAUUUCCUUCAGCUCAAUUGAUGCAAGGAGUGGAGAAUCUCGUCCACCAUCUCCGUAAACACAAUGUGCCCAUCGCUGUUGCAACAAGCUCAGCAGGCCUGACGUUUGAGAUGAAGACCAGUCAGCACAAAGCCUUCUUUGACCUGUUCAGCCACAUCGUCCUAGGGGAUGAUCCCGAUGUGAAAAACAGCAAACCUCAGCCUGACUCCUUUUUGGUGUGUGCCAGCAGGUUCACUCCUCCUGCACCUCCGGCCACGUGCCUGGUGUUUGAGGAUGCUCCUAUGGGUGUUAAGGCCGGCCUGGCGGCUGGGAUGCAGGUUGUCAUGAUCCCUGAUGACAAUCUGGACCGAGGCCUUACUCAGGAGGCCACACUGGUCCUGAGGACCAUGGAGGACUUCAAACCAGAGAUGUUCGGCCUGCCGGCCUAUGACUGAGCUCCAUCUCCGCUUCCUGCUCAGGGCUGAGAACCUCCAAUCCACCCCUGCUUUUUACCCUCCAUCUUCACCAUUUAGCCUGAUCAAAGCAAUGUAAAGAUGCUAAUCACAACGAUCACAAUGCUGAUCCAAAUUAUGCAAUGACUCGGAAUUUGAUUAUUACUUGGAACUGUGAUCAAGUUGUUGUUAGUCGAAUAUUAAUAUUUUUGCUUUGGCCAAAUAAUGAGAACGGCUGAGAAUAAUGGUUGAACAUAAUGUGAGGUCAACAUAAUGAGAGGUCAUUUUUUUGUCUGAACCUUUUACACCGGUUUGGUAUUGUAAGCAACUCGCUGCCGAUCAGUUUAAAGGCUUUUAUUGUGAUUUGGUGUGCAUUCUAAAUGGCACCCUGUUCCCUACAUAGUGCACUACUUUUGACCAGAGUCCAACACAGUCAUUCUAGGUAAAGAUGUAUCCGUCUCUGAGUUAAUGUCCUUGAACAGAUUUCAUAACCAACUGCAGUUUAAGCUGUUCGAUUCUCCCUCUUUUCCCUGCGUCAUACCAUUUGCCACUCUUCUUUGAGCGGGGCCUAUUGAAAUGCCAAAGACACUUUUCCCAGCUUGGAUGUGUAAUCCAAUAAAGAUGGUGAGAGAAAUCUUCA